GGCUGGUUUUAUUGACGAUUCCAACCAAUCAUUUCUUCAUCCGAGGACAUUCUACAUCCGAGGAUUAUGAAAACGCUCCAUUCGUCUUCGUCAUCCGCGAGGUGAACGUUCUAAUAUUAUCGAAGAAGAUUCUCGAAGCGACCACGUGCAGGGUAAUGAAAAUGGGCUGCUGCUCGGCCAGUAGUAGAGUCACUCGAACCGAUUCUCUCGAGCCGCCAUUUUAAGAUCGAAUCGACACGUAUCGGAGUCGCUUUCCCAGAAAGAGGGCAGCGUCGCGGGGCGCGCUCCGUAAGAAAGUCGGCGUUUAAAUCGAGCGACUCUAUCCGAAGCGUUCGGCGCGCAUGCGCGCCAGUCGGGCAGCUCGCUGACGCAGGGAGUACGUCAGCUGUUUUGUUAGAGCUCUCGGCGAGGAGACGUGCGUGCGUCCGUCGGAGCGUCAGGAAUGGUGUUGUAUCGUUGACUUGGUGGGGCAUCCUUCUCUCGCGCAACUUGCGUCGUUGCACGGUAAACCGACGCGCUGUUCCUUUGUUCGUCGUGUACGCGCGCGUGAGAAAGACUGCGUGACGACGAUUCUGCGUGCGACGAAGGAAUCGCGAAACGCGCGCGCCUCCGUGUAUCGUGUGCGUGCGUGUGUGUGUGUGUGUGUGUGUGUGUGCGCAGUAGUGUGCACUUGUAUCGUGUAGUGCAUUCGGUGUAUGCGCGGGUGUCUGUGUGCGGGGGCUCGUGCUCGCCUCCGUUACUACGGAGUCACGCUUUAAUACAGGAGAGGCCCCGUCCCGAACAAGAGAUCAGCAGGUGCACGUUUUCGACGGUUUUCCCUUCGACGCGACAGCAAUCGGGACGUUCUCGCCCGCUCGCGGAAGGAUAGAUCGAAGAGAAAACAUGGCACAACCGACGAGUAGCGCGCUACGAGCGCUCGCCCUGGAAUACAAGAGCCUGCAGGAGGAGCCCGUCGAGGGCUUCCGCGUCAAGCUGGUCAACGAGGACAACAUGUUCGAGUGGGAAGUCGCGAUCUUCGGCCCGCCCGAUACUCUCUACCAAGGCGGAUAUUUCAAGGCACACAUGAAGUUCCCGCCGGAUUAUCCGUACAGUCCACCGAGCAUUCGUUUCAUGACAAAAGUUUGGCACCCGAAUGUAUAUGAGAACGGUGACCUGUGCAUAUCAAUCCUGCAUCCACCCGUAGACGAUCCACAGAGCGGCGAGCUGCCAUGCGAGAGGUGGAAUCCAACGCAAAAUGUCAGAACUAUCUUGCUAUCGGUGAUCUCGUUGUUGAACGAACCCAACACAUAUAGUCCUGCCAACGUGGAUGCAUCUGUCAUGUAUAGACGUUGGCGUGAUUCCAAAGGGAGAGACAAAGAAUAUGAAAAUAUCAUAAGGAAACAAGCCCAAGCUGCCAAGAUGGAAGCCGAAAAGGAAGGUAUUGUCGUACCCGUAACUUUGGAAGAUUACUGCAUAAAGACUCGAGCGAGGCCAGCUGAGCAACAGCUAGACAUGACGGACUUCUACGAUGACGAGUAUGAGUUGGAUGACGACGAGGACGAGCAGCUAAGCGCAACGGAUUACGAGGAUGGCGACGAUAGUGGCAACGGAGAAUCGUGAUCCAUUUCUUAAAUAAUAUAAUAAAAACCCGAACCGCUAAUUAUUAUUAUUAUUAUUAUAUAUAUCAGUUCUGUAUAGAUUAAUAAAUAACGAGCUUCUAAACCGGA